UGAAACGAGACGAGUCUAAACGUGAAGAGCCGAAGCUUCUGAAUUAUUAGACACGCUUGAAGCGAAUCGGCUAGUCUCAUCUCAACAGCACAAGUGCAUAACUCACCGAAAUUUCAACGCCUUCGGAAAUAAAAGAGACAUCGCAGAAGUGAGCGAUUAUGUUCAUCAGUAUAAUUUAUCUGAUUAUUUUAUGUCUCAUUCUGACUGUUGUUAAACUUCGGCAAACCUUACUGGACCCUAAAUCAGGAGAGAAAAUUCCAGGUCCAUUUCCAUGGCCAGUCUUAGGUAAUUUGCGACUGAUGCGGAGGCUGUGCAAAAAAUUUGGUGGCCAGCACAAAGCUUUUCUCGAGCUCUCCAAGGACUACGAUAGCGAUAUAAUUAAUCUGCGCUUAGGGAGUUCAAAUGUCAUAGUCUUCUCUGAAUUCGACGGUGUGACAAGAAUUUUACACGACGAGACCUUCGACGCUAGACCCUGGAAUGAAUUUUCAAAAAUUCGUAAUAUGGGAAUGCAGAAAGGGAUUACGAUGCACGAGGGGCCUGAAUGGCGAGAAAUGCGCGCUUGGCUGGUCAGGUCUCUCAGGGAUUUGGGAUUCGGGCGGGAAGAAAUGUCUGAUAAAAUUAGGGACGAAUUGGUCAUUAUUCUCGAUAAUCUGAAAUCAAAGGGCGGGGGAAUUGUCAGUAUGAGGCCCAUAAUUUCACCGGCUGUUAUCAACGUCAUCUGGAGUGUGGCAACGGGGAAGAGAAUUGAAAAUGAGGAACGUUUACAGUAUUUUUUUGAUCUCAUGGAACGCCGUGCAAGAGCUUUCGACAUAGCUGGAGGAAUGUUAUCAGUAUUUCCCUGGAUCAGACACAUUGCACCGAAGGCGUCCGGUUAUGACCUACUAAUCACUCUCAAUGAAGAACUAAAAUCAUUUUUAAUGGAAACUAUCAAUGAGCACAAGAAAAAUUACACACCAGGUAAAGAGGUGGAUCUAAUAGACAUGUUUCUUGCGGAAAUGUAUAAUGGAAAAGGCCCAGAGGCAGGCUUCACCGAGGAUCAGCUAUUAAUGAUAUUAAUCGACUUGUUCCUCGCUGGAUCACAAACAACAACGGUCACUCUGGAUUUCAUGUUUUUCUACAUGACACUCCAUCAAGAAGCUCAGGAGAAGGUGCACAAGGAACUGGAUUCCGUAAUUAGUUGUGGGCGAUUGCCGGAGCAGACGGAUAGACCGUUACUUCCAUACACUGCUUCUGUCAUGGCUGAGUCCCAGAGGCUGCGAAUAGUCACACCGAUAAUUGGGCCUCGACGGGCGUUAAAUGACACGAUAAUUGAUGGCUACAAAAUACCGAAAAAUUCCUGUAUUCUCAUGAAUCUUUACGCCAUUCACACGAAUCCCGACGAUUUCGAGGACCCGGAGGCUUUCAAACCGGAGAGAUUCAUGAACGACGGUGUACAUGUGCCCCACAAAAAGCUCAUAUUUUUCGGCGGAGGUCACAGACGUUGUCCAGGCGAGACUGUCGCAAGAUCCGCAGUCUUUCUGCUGUUCGUGGGAAUCAUGAAAAAUUACAAAUUGCUUCCUGUCCCGGGAUCAUAUCUCGAUGCAGAGCCACAAUCGGGACUCACGUUGUCACCAAAACCGUAUGAAGUCCAGCUUGUAGCACACUCGACCUGAUUAUUCCAUUAACAAUUGUGAUAUUUCAAGAGUAUUAGUUAAUAAAUUAUUCAGCGAGUCUUCCA